AUGCAGAUGACUUGGGGGCUUCAUAGUGUUCUCUUUGUGUUUGGGGAAAAGGAGCAGCUUGUCGGAGUGUGCCGCUAUGAGCCAGCUCUGAUGAGGGGGGACAGAGGCAGAGGCCAGGAGGGCAACAAGCUGCCCAUGACACAAAACAAUGCCAAAUCACUUCUUCCCCUCAGCACCAGCGCCGCAGGGGGGGCGCCUGUCUCUGCUGCUGGGUUCACACAGUCCCAUACGACGCCCUGUGCUCAGCAGUUCAUCCAUCACAUCUGUGUCUACUGCACUAACCAGUCAGGGGCUGCGACUGCACGGAGACCACGAGAUGACUCCGGCUGA